AAAAUUGUGCAAUUGAUUAUGGUUGCACAUCUAAAAUUGUUGAACAAACCAAACCGUGUGAUGUGAGUUCCUUGAACUAAAAUCAAACAGAAUACAAUACCCUCUCUCUCUCUCUCUCUCUCAUAGAUUAUUUCUCUUCUCUUCCCUUUCUUAGGUUAAAAGUUGGAACUGAGUGAUUACCCAACUAAUGUUAUGAUCAGUUGGAAGCGUUGGCAAGAAAGAAUACGUAAUAGUGGUGUUGUUUGUUCAUUUUGGUCAAAGAAAUAGUAUCUGGGUACCCAGGAUAUUGUAGUUGUAAGAUGGGUUAUCUCAAUUCAGUUUUGUCAUCUUCAAGCCAGGUUCAUGUUGCAGAUGAUGCAAUUGUGAGCGGCGGGGGUCUAAGUCACAAUGGAAAAUUCAGCUACGGGUAUGCUAGCUCUCCUGGCAAGAGAUCUUCAAUGGAAGAUUUUUAUGAGACAAGAAUUGAUGGUGUUGAAGGUGAAAUUGUUGGCCUUUUCGGAGUUUUUGAUGGUCAUGGUGGUGCUCGUGCUGCUGAGUAUGUCAAGAAAAACCUGUUUAGUAAUUUGAUCAGUCACCCAAAAUUCAUUUCUGACACCAAAUCAGCAAUAACUGAUGCAUACAAUCAUACUGACACUGAGUUGCUGAAAUCAGAAAAUAGCCAUAACAGAGAUGCAGGAUCAACUGCUUCCACUGCUAUUUUAGUUGGUGACCGCUUGCUUGUUGCAAAUGUUGGGGAUUCCAGAGCUGUUAUAUGCAGGGGUGGUAAUGCCAUUGCUGUUUCUCGAGAUCACAAACCAGACCAAACUGAUGAGAGGCAAAGGAUUGAAGAAGCAGGAGGCUUUGUUAUGUGGGCAGGAACUUGGAGAGUUGGAGGUGUUCUUGCUGUUUCUCGUGCAUUUGGUGAUAGACUCCUGAAGCAGUAUGUUGUUGCUGAUCCAGAAAUUCAGGAAGAAAAAGUUGACAGCUCCCUUGAGUUUCUUAUUCUGGCCAGUGACGGGCUAUGGGAUGUUGUCUCUAAUGAGGAAGCUGUUGCUAUGAUAAAGCCAAUUGAGGAUGCAGAGGAGGCAGCAAAGAGGCUGAUGCAAGAAGCAUAUCAGAGAGGUAGUGCUGACAAUAUCACAUGUGUUGUUGUUCGUUUCUUGAUGAACCAAGGUGGAUCCAAAGAGUUAGUAGCUUAUCCUCAUAAUAGUAGCUCUGCGGGUAAGAAUCCUUCAGUAGAAGGUUUGUGUGAUAUAUAGGUAUAGGUGAGUUGUGGAUCCAAAAGAUGCUGAGACUUGGUAAAAAUCGGUUUAUAGUUGGGUUCCUGAUAAGCAAUCUAGUAGUUGUGUUGUACUACGUCAUGCAAGAAUUUAUGGUCCUCUUGCAUAAAACUAUUCAUUAUUUGUUAGCUAGGAAAUGUAUGUAAGGAGUGUGACCAGAGUUCUCAUUGCACCUGCUCUGCAUGUAAACAUGGUUCUUUUAUUAGUCCAUUUAAUUUCCUUAGGGUUAUUAGUUUAUUCAGUACUAUUUGUCUAUUGUGAAUUGUGGCUUGUAUUAAGUGUAAUAUAUAAAUAUAAGGAACACUGAUUUUUUUUCCCCCACUUGAA